GACACCGAAGCUGCGGGUUAUACCAUGCGUUUGUUUUGAUCAGAUCCUCAGGCAGGAGACCAACAUCCGGGUCCCUCCGCUUCCUGUCUGGCGACCCGUCGCCAUUGCUGCAAGUCUGUUUUUACGGAUUACCUUUAUCGGUUAAAAUCUCGAUAAUUAGGCACGUUUUCCACUCUUGGAAAACGCUUAAAGCCUUUUUAAAGGCAUAUUCCUUUCCUCGGUGGGAAAAACGCCUGGUUUUAGGGGUGUUUGCCCCGAGUUUUCACCCUCUCUCCUUCUAGCCUUCUUAACUUGAGACGCCGAUUUCGUGUCUCUUGUUUUUUUUUCCUCGUUGUGUUAAAUAGUUAAGAUGUCGCCGUGAUGGGUUCACCGCGUUUGACAGAAAUGAACCGGGGCCUUCGCCGCCUUACUCGCACUCACUGCAGCCCGCUGUUCUCGUCCGUGUUUCCGUUUGAUGCCCCAGAGCUCGGCGGCUCUCAGCCCAAAGCUCCUUCCCACCACCGCCGCCGCCACCCCGAACUUCACGGAGACAAGUAUGGAGAAGAAUCCCAACAGCAACGCCAGCAACAAGGUCCCGCCUCGUUCAAGCUCCACUGGUCCGACACCGGGAGAAUCUAAACCCAAAACAGAUGGUAAAAACAAUGGAGGCUCGAAGCGCUACAAUCGGAAGCGCGAGCCGUCAUUCCCCAAACCGGACAGUUUCCCAGGCUCUCGUCGCAGCAAUCCACAGAAAAGCAAAACUUUCGAUAAGAGACCCCCUCAGAGGGGCGGCGGGCAGCAGUACGGCGUCACGGGCGGAGGACGACGCGAGGAGGUAGCAGAGGCACGCCGAGCCGAGUUUAGCCCGGCUCAGUUUGCUGGACCGAAAAAAAUAAGUCUCAACCACCUGUUGAACUUCACCUUCGAACCUCGGGGCGGUUACGGCGGUGUCGGAGAUGGAGGCCAUUCUUGUUGGGGCCGCAGGAACAAAUGGGGGCACAAGCACAAGCCCUUCAACAAGGAGCAGUUUCUGCAGGCCAACUGCCAGUUCAUCGUGAGUGAUGACCAGGACUACAAGGUUCACCUCGCCGAUCCGGACAGGCUCGUCAACUGGGACUACGUGCAGCAAGUGCGCAUUUACAGCCACGAGGUCCCGUCCUGCCCCAUCUGCCUCUACCCGCCGUUGACGGCCCGCAUCACCCGCUGCGGGCACAUUUUCUGCUGGCCGUGUAUGCUGCACUACAUUUCCCUGAGCGACAAGAGCUGGUCCAAGUGUCCGAUCUGCUACGAGUCGGUGCACCUCGCUGACCUCAAGAGCGUGGUAGCCAUGGAGACCAGGCAGUACGCAGUCGGUGAUGUCAUCACCAUGCACCUGAUGCGCAGAGAAAAGGGGAGUCUGGUGGCCCUGCCCAGCUCCCAGUGGGUGAAGGUGGAGGAGCCUGUGUAUUUUGGAGAUUCAAGUCUCGGCCCCAACUCCAAGCUGCUGCUGGCCUCCGCAGCCCAGGUCCUCAGUCUGGUGCUGGAGGAGAAGGCUGCCCUGCAGGCUCAGCUGCUGCAGGAGGACGACGCUCAGGAGUGUUUCAUCCAGAGAGCUCUGUGUCUUCUGCUGGAGCGAGAGGAAGUGUUGCUGCAACAGCAGAAAACUGCCCUGCCAGACUCUUUCACUCUGUCCUCCCUGACUCUGGAGACUCGCUCUCCCCCUGUGGACCAUUUCACGACUAAUGUCAGCAGUGCCAAGCACGUCCCGCAGUAUUCCUCUGCCUUUGAUGAUAAACUGAUGGACCUCCCGGAGGAGUUCCCAGACCUCCCCGAAGACCUCCCCGAAGACCUCCCGGGCGUGCAGGAGGAGUGUGUUGAAGCUCCAACCGACGAGGCUCCCCAGUCUCAGGCUGAGGAGGUGCAGACUCAGCCAGGACGUCCCUCAGCGGUGGUGGGACAGGGACCCUACUACUAUUUUUACCAAGCUGAUGACUGCCAGCAGAUGUUUCUCAAUCCUCUGAACGUUCGCUGCCUGAUGCGUCAAUAUGGAAGCCUGGAGGCCAGUCCGGAUUCCAUCACCGGGACAGUGGUGGAGGUUGUGGGACAAACGGUCACUGAGGAGGUUCGUCGUCGGAAUCGUUACCUGGCUCAUCUGCCGCUCACGUGCGAGUUCAGUAUUUGUGAGUUGGCUCUGCAGCCCCCGGUGGUCUCCAAAGAAACUCUGGAGACGUUCGCAGACGAACUGGAGAAGAGGAAACGCCUGAGGCAGAAAAAGGCACGGGACGAGAAACGCAGAGAGAAACGCAUCGAAAUGGAGGAGAACAAAAAGCAGGGUAAAUAUCCAGAGGUUCAUAUCGGACUAGAGAACCUUCAUCAUUUCCCGGCGUUCGGCUCCCCCCCGCAGUACUGCAGCCAACCAGUUCCCCCAGACUUCAUCGUCGCUCCUCCGUCUCCUCUGAGCAGCAGCCCCUCCUCUGAUGGGCUGAUGUUCCCGAGUCUGAACGGGCAAAGCCCCUCGCCCGUUUUCGGCAGCGUGGAGGACGACUCCCACUGCAUGUCCUUUGCACAGAUGCUCAGAGACGGGAAGGCCAGAGCCGAUGUCGGACCCAAGAUCGUCUCCAAGAAAGAGAAGUUGCUGGCUCCUCCGGCGGCAGACAGCGACGGGGAGAGCGACGGGUCAGAGCGAGUCCCGGUGCCCAGCUUCCAGAAUUCCUUCAGCCAGGCUUUCGAGAAGGCGCUGAUGCAGCUGGACAGCGGUCCAGUGUCUCCCCCGCAACCUGCGGUUGAGCCAGAUGACAAAGGAGGGAAGAGAAAGAAGAAGAAGCAGAAGCUCCUGUUCAGCACCUCCAUGGUUCACACCAAGUAGACCACACUGAAGUCUCCGAUCAGACGUGCACGAUGUUCAUUAUUUGUCUCCCUGCUGCUUGUGAUUUCACUCUCACACGAAUCCUUUCUAGAACGUAGGCUCUGAAAGUAGGUCUCGGUACGUAGCCAACGUGGGUCCCACGCAGCCAUUUUUCCACUGGCUUAGUUUACACUUCAGGUAUCUCUUAAGGAGGUCACAACGACGACGACUAAAACACAAAUUAACUACCAGCUUCUCCUUCACUUCCUGACACCCAGCUGUCCAGUUUACCCCCAAACAGACUCCUGAGCAUUACACCGGGGGUGGGGAGGGGUCCGUGACACAAAGGUGCUUUGUUAUUAGAGUGGCAGUCAUCCAGCUGCAGGUACCAGAACACUGGUACUUGGACCAGAACACUUUGUGCUGCUUUGAUGUGUAAGCCUCAGUAUUAGGUAGCAGCCACAAGCUAAAUGCAGAAUAGCCUAACCAGAAGGUGGCAGAACAGUGUUGUACUCUUGUAAAAGAUCGGGUAUUUACUCCUACCAGACUCUAUGGUAUAUAUUCUACCUUCAUCCAAACAGAAACACUUCUGUCUGCGUCUCCUUUCCGUUGAUGUGUACUUCUUUAAUACUUACCAGCCCCCCCCGACCCCUCCCAGCACCAAAGCUCAACAACGUGUGAAGUUGGUCAACUGCUGACAUUGAAAGGCCGUGAGAAAAGUAUAAUUUUUUUGUUUGUUUUUUUGUUUUUAAGGUUUCUGUAUUCACCUUUAAGUUUGAACAUGACUGGGAGACACUAGUCUGAAAUAAACAAGUAUCAACGAUGGGAAA